ACCGUCGCGGCCACCGUGCGUCGUUUACUGCGCUGACUGAACGCAGACCGAGCGGUUCGUAGCGCACCGGAAACAGCAUUUCGAGCAUUUUUCGACACCCAGCAGCAGCAGCAGCAGCAGCAGCGCUAAGCAGGCGCCUGACUUUUGACAACAGCAGGAGCAGCAGCAAUGGCACCGAACGUGCUCGGCAACACGAUACUGCUGGCGGAGGCCUGCAUUGAGCAGGAGGACAACAACAACAACGCAUCGAUUGGCACGCAACAGUACAAGAGCAAAUCCUUCCUGAACGUAGCGCCGAAACCGGCGCCAAUGACAGAGGAGCUUAAGCCAAAAGAUGCCACGAAAGCUGCGAUAGCGAGUAGAGAGCGCCGGUAUCACCACGUGUACGUGUGGCGUAACAUCAUUGCGUUCAUCUAUCUGCAUCUGGGCUUUCUGUACGGCAGCUACCUGCUGGUCACGUCGGCGAAAUGGAGCACAUUUUUCUUUGCACUCGCGCUGGGCUCGUGCGGUGCGCUCGGCAUCACGGCCGGCGCCCACCGGCUCUGGUCGCACCGGGCGUACAAGGCGAAAUGGCCGCUCCGCCUGUUCCUGAUGCUAGCGCAGACGCUAGCGUUCCAGAACAGCGUGUACGAGUGGGUGCGGGACCAUCGCGUCCACCACAAGUUCACCGAUACCGAUGCGGACCCGCACAAUGCGACCCGCGGCUUCUUCUUCUCGCACAUCGGCUGGCUGAUGGUGAAGAAGCAUCCGGACGUGAAGGCGCGCGGCCGGGCCGUCGACAUGAGCGACCUCGAGCAGGACGGGAUCGUGAUGUUCCAGAAGCGCUACUACGCCCUGCUGAUGCCGCUGUUCUGCUUCAUCCUGCCGACCUUCCUUGCCUACUACUAUCUGGACGAGACGUUCUCGAACGCCUGGUACGUGGUGGCCAUCUUCCGGUACGUCCUGUCGCUGAACGCAACCUGGCUGGUGAACAGUGCGGCCCACAUCUGGGGCACGAAGCCGUACGAUCGCAACAUUUCGCCGACCAACAACACGUUCGUGGCGAUCGCGGCGUACGGCGAGGGCUGGCACAACUAUCACCACGUGUUCCCGUGGGACUACAAAACGUCCGAGCUGGGCACGUACAGCACGAACUUUACGACGGCGGCGAUCGACUUUUUCGCCCGCAUCGGCUGGGCGUACGAUCUGAAGUCCGUGUCGGACGAGCUGAUACGCAAGCGCGUGCUGCGCACCGGCGACGGUACGCACCAGUACAACGAGCAGGAGCUGCAGGCGCGCAUGGUCGACUACGUCAACCAGCUCGAUCACGAGUCGGAGCAGGCGGUGUGGGGCUGGGACGAUAAGGACAUGAACGAGCAGGACCGCCAGGAUGCCACCGUCAGAAAUAAGGCCGAUUAGUGCAAGCAAUGGAGGGAGAGGGAGAAGGGGAGAGAGGGGGGGGAGGGAUAUUGGGGAUUAGGAGAUAGAAGCUAGAGAGAAGCACAUUAUUGCACAACUUCAGGGCGAGAUGGAGGGCGGCGCACACACACACACGAUAAGGACAUACGCUCGAUGAGUGUUGGGCGUGUGCGUUUGUAUAGCACGGGAGAACCACAGGGACACAAAGCACACCACAGGGAGAUGGUGUUACGUUACGUUUAACUAUUUUUUGUUUUAACGCUUUCUAUCCUAUAUAUCUCUCUCUCUCUCCUUCUCUCUGUCUUGAGCACACACACACAUACAUUCCCUUUCUUUCUUAAUUGCUUGAGCGAUAAAAAACAUGAAUCGAUCUUGCAUUUAGAACAGUGCACUUGACACGGGCAAGUGUGAAUGCUUUCGAGCUUGGUUUUUGUUGUGAAAAGGGGCUGUGGGAGGCUGUGGAAGAUUUUUGCGGCAGGCCUAAACCUUUCCUAAAGGCAUCCUUUCUCUCCCCCGCCCUGAAUCAGUAAGAAACUGCUUUUGCGAUUUGCACCAAUGCGCGACAUUUGCGACAAGCGGAAGCGAAAGUGAACAGUGGGAAGAACUUAAACGAACAACCAAUGACAUGACGCCAGAAUCGGGUGGGCCAACGCGACGAAGAGAACGCACAGGGCACAGAGGGGCACAGAUCGCAACCGGGCAGAACGGGAGUGUUCGCGUUUAUUUAUUUGUCUAUCGCUAUCUUAGUAAUU